AUGCGGCAUACAAAAUUAUUGCUGCUGGCUCUUUUCGUUGCGGCUGCAACCCCAGCUUUUGCAAAAAGAGAACUGCUACAAGCCUACCUUGAGAUGUUUCCACCUUAUGGUUGUACCCGCGACCCCGACCAGUCGCGCUUCCGGGUCGAUCCUGCCUACACCGUGAACGGCAAUAAGGUCUGCUUCACAGCGCGAGUCGUUCCGUGUGCCCGGCCCGGGAGUGCGUGCUGCAAACCUGACGUCGAUUUCAACAAACUGGAGUUUUUUGUUGGCACCACUUGCAAGGGCUCAAUUGACCGUGUAACCGUCGACGGCGAACGCGCUCAGAUGCCCACCUUCGAGCUGUAUGGCGCCAAGCAGAACAAGGCGCUGUACAAGAUGACAAACCUUAACCUCACCACUCGUACCGCAGAAGGCAAGCAGAUAUGCAUCAACCUGGGCGGCCCAUGCCCUACAAUGCAAGAUCUGUGCCCCCAAGCCCGCCUCCGCCUAGCCCGCCACCGUCGCCGCCUCCACCGCAGAUGCUGCAACCAGAACCUCAGCAAGAUUGAGUGGUGGACCAAGGACUCUUGCCGCGGCAGCGUGCGUGCAGCCUAUCUGGACGGCGUCAAAGUUGACAGGCAAUGGGCCAAGAAAACCUUCAAGCUGCCGCAGCUCAAUAUUGCGCAGGCCUCCAUCCCACCCGAGGGCCUGGAGCUGUGCAUUGAGCUGAUCUCUACGGCUUCAUGCUCCACACUCUCCACCUUCUGCUUUCGCGGCGAUAAGGGGAUGUGCACCUACUCCAUGUUCAACAGCGACAAAAAAUGCUGCCCUAUCAACACCUACGCGGCGCUCCCCAGCCGGCGGCUGCUCUAA